AUGGCGCACUCUACAGCACCCGUCCCCCCAUUCGAGCGCGAGUCGAAGCCUAAGUACACAGAAAGCCCCAACCCGGGAUUCACGUACGGCCAGAAGGUCGGCGAAACGCCUGAAGCGAAGGCGUGGGUCGAAGGCGCGAAGGACGGCUGGAAGACCGUCGACGCUGCGACUGAAGAUCCGGGGAAACUGUACGCGCUCAUGAUCAGCGGGAUCGUGCCUCGCCCGAUCGCAUUCGUGUCCAGUAUAUCCGAAGACGGGGUAGAGAACCUCGCGCCGUUCAGCUGGUUCAACCAAGUGACGCACAACCCGCCGAUCAUCUCGGUCUCGUGCUCCGCGCGCCCGGAGGGAGGGCCCAAGGACACAGCGGGAAACAUCAAGGCCACGAAGAGCUUCACGGUGAAUAUCAUCAGCGAGCCGUUCAUCGAGAACGCGAACGUGUCGUGUAUCGACGCGCCCACGGAUAUCAACGAGUGGCCGUUGACGGGUCUUACUAAGGAACCGAGCACCCACGUCAAGCCAGCACGUGUUCAUGAGAGUGCAUUCAGUAUGGAAUGCGAGCUCUUCCAGGCGGUCGACAUCGUCCACCCUUCCAGCGGGAAGGUCACCGCGACGCUCAUCCUCGGGCUCGUGAAGUGCAUCCACGUGCGCAACGACGUGCUGAACGAGCGCGGCGUAGUCGACUACGCGAAACUCAAGCCCGUUGGGCGCCUCGGCGACAUCUCGUACGCGCGCGUUGGGGACGCGUUCCGCCUGCCGCGGCUCGCGUGGAAGCUCGAGGGCGAGAAGAUCCAGGAGUUCUUGAAGGGUGUGGAGACGCGGGACGCGGUGAGCUUGUGAGGUUCGUACGCGGGCUGCGAGGAUAUGUAUGAUAUUGUCCAUAGGGAAGAGAACACGGGAAGACGACAAUACAGUAAAGGGUAGGAAGAAAUAUUAAAAUUGUACCCGCGAAAGUGAGAAAGACGAUAGAAAGCUACGGCAUGUUUGGACCACAUAAGAAAGGGGGACAGACACGUUCCAAUAUAGGGGACAAGCACGUUCAAGAGCAGAGUAACAAGGCCAGAAGCGUUCUACGCGGCCCGAGGAAACGAGGAAACUAGACACAUUUGCUGGUGUUGAGAGGGCCGGGGCAUUUGUAGAUGGUACCCGAUCCACUUCAUCGCUUCAUCUUCACAAGUGUUAAAGCGACGUUGCAUGGUCGCCUUCUGAGACACUGCGGUACACUGAGGUUCGUGCCGACGCAUGUGACUCGUUCGUAACGUUGUAGUGCGACGAAGGCCUUGGUACCAUAGAUCGUUCUACACCAUGGACAGGAGCAAGUGGUUCGACCGUAAUGGAUGCCGGUCGCGCGAUCAGGACGGGCGUGGGUUGCUCGACUGGAACAAAAGUGGAAGGUGGUUCGGCCGGGAUACUAGACGUAGAUGUGAAGAGCGGGAACUGGGACUGAGAAUACUUCUGAUCCAGCGCGGAACUGUAGGACGCCCUGAUAUCUCUGAGACGGCCCAGUUUAGACUCGAGAGUGACCUUGG